GAGCGGGCGGUCCGACCCCCCCCCGGCGCUGUGGCCGCGGGGCCAUGGACGCGGCGCACCGUGCGGCGCUGCUGGCCGCCUCCUGCCUCCGCGCCCCGCGGGACCCGCGCACCCGGGCGCCCGCCGCGCUCUACGAGCGGGGGCCGCCGCCCGCCGCCGCGCAGGAUGGUUUUGCUUUGGAUUCAAAUACGGACAGAGAGCAGACCCUCUCUCUACAUGGAGACCCUGAUGACUGGAUAGACUUUUCCAAAAUAUACAAUUCAAACCAAGAAUACUACUUGAAGCUCGAGGAGCUGAAGAACGCCCACUUGGAGACCAUGGCACAAUUAGAAAGUAUGUAUCGGAAUAAACUAUAUUUAAAAGGAGUACAACCCUUGGAGAAGAAAAAUGCUGCUUCUAAGAUGUGUUGUAGGCCAACCUGGGAGAAGAGCUCGUAUCAGCCUCUAAAUUUGCGCAAAUCCUUUUCAGACUCUGACUUAAGUGACCCCUUAGGCUCAAGUAUAUCUGAGGGGUCUGACAGAGAACUGGCGUUUGAAGAAAACGGGAGUGAAACUGGAUCAUCUGCGUUUGCUAAGGAACGGAUUGAAAAAAUGUGGGACGGGUUCAGUGUGGAAGACUACGUCUCCCGCACCAAACACAGCUGCUUACCAAGGUCACCAGCCUUCAGAAUGCUACGGAAGAAACAGAAAGCGUGGUCACCAAAAGUUACUGUGCCCAGGCCUUUCCAGAUGACUAUUAGAGAAGCCAAAAAAAAAGAACAGAAUCUCAAGUCAAAGUCACAGAUUGAAUUGGAAAAUAACUUACUGAAGAAGCAACUAGAGGAAGAAGCAGAGUGUCAGAAAAAAUUCCGAGCCAAUCCAGUGCCUGCUGCCAUCUUCCUUCCGCUCUACCAUGAAAUCGUGCAACGAAACGAGGAACGCAGGAGGUCUGUGAAAGAGAGAAGCAAACUCAAGCUCUUGGCUUCUCAGAAGCCAUUUAAAUUCAUUGAACGAGAGAAGCAAAGGAGUGAAAUUAGGAAAAUGCAAUUACGAGACCUUUCCGCACCCGAAAAGAAAACAAAACUGUUCAAAGCAAAACCAGUUCCCAAAUGUGUUUAUAGUCCGGCUGUUACCGACAAGCUAAAGGAGGAAGAGCUCUACAGAGAGAUCCGGAUCAGAAUGAGAGCUGAGGAGCUGCUGCGUAAUUCCUCUCUACCCAACAGCAGACUGGCUUUAACGGAUACCAAUAAACAGAAGAAACACAAGUGCAUUGAACCAAAGCACACAGAACAUAAACCCAAGAUCAAAUCAAGUGUUCCAGAUUUUGAACUGCUCCACCAGAAGUUUCAGAAACGGCUCUUGCAACAAAAACACGUGAAGCACCUUACAGUCUGUGAACCUUUCGAUCUUCGUACUCCAUCUAUUCCCUCAAACAAGGGGAAGAUUCUGAAGGACAUUCAAGAGGAUGAAGAGAAGUUGAAAGAAACACGCUGGCCGUAUGCCUCUCCACGACGGAAACCUCAAAUGAGACGUUCAAGUGCAAAUUCACAUCUCUCAGGAUUUGGAGAAUGUAAAUCACCAAAAAGCACAGAAUGCGCAAGACGACGGCUACAAGCCAUAAGGAACUCACUUGAGGAAAAGAGAAAGCUGGAAGAACAACAAAAAAGGAACAGAACAAUCCAGAAACAAAGAACAAAAAAACUCCAGAAAAUUGUAACAACUCGGGCUGAGGCCAAUGACCCACAUCAGAGCCUAGCUCAGAUCUCUAAAUCCAAAUUAAAAACAUUCAGGAAUUACGAGAAGCAGAGAAUGCAAGAAUAUUUGCAAGAGUUGCAAGAAAUGGAAGAAAGAGUAAAUCAGAGGCCAUUGCUUUUUGAAAGAGUCACUCAGAAAAAUGCCAGAAUAGCUGCAGAAAAGCAUUAUUCUAACAGACUGAGAGCGUUGGGGAUACGCCCGGAGUUUGUUUCAAUGAAAGGACAAACAACUAAAUUGCUACAGUCCUCCACUCCUGAAGAUUUUAAUAACUCCACUGAUGCCAGAGAAAGAGCCAGCGAGGAUAAAGUGAACGAAAGGGAAUCCUUUGAGGAAGCAGCUGACAGUAGUCCUCCGUCUGAGCAGUCCUGCGAGGAGGAGGAAGAGAAGAGAAAAGGUGUCAAAGCCUCCACCCGGCAUGGCCAGUCCAGUCAGCUGGAGGAUGGGGAGGAGGCGAGAGCCAGCCCCACCUCGGACCAGCACCGUGAAGAUGAGGAGGAGGAGGAAGAAGAGGAAGCAGAAGCAGGCCCAUCACUUGGCCGCUCCCAGGAGGGGGAAGAGGAGGGUGAUGAUCAGUCAAGAGCCAGCUCUCGGUCUGACCAGUCCCAUGAGCCUGAAGAGGGUCGGUGUGACCCUGAAGCUGAGGGUGACUUCGGAUACGAGGACGAGGAAUACGAAAGUGAUGAUUCAGAAGAGAAACCCAGCGAUGAAGAAGCUGACUGAAGGGGAGGCAGACAGGAUGGCCCGCGGCUCGGGAACCUAUUUCAUUGCUGGCAGUGAAACAGACACCAAAGAAAAACGGAUACAAAAUUCUGUGAAUUUAAAGCUCUUAGCUUAACGCUCACUCCAGCACAGAAAUUUUGUCUAUUUUCCAGUAAGAAAGACAAAGUUACUAAUUUCCACCAAGAAAAUAAUUUAAUUUUAUACUAAUCUUCUUUAUUCUAGUCUUCUGCGACUAGAAUACACUGAGAGUGGCCACUUAAACUUCUACAGAGAUUCUUUAACACUUACAGACAAGGUAGAAAACUAAGUCAGUAGAAUAAUAUGUUAUACUGCAAAUCUUGUAUUACUGUCUCAUCAAGCCCCAAAACUGUUCUUUCAACUCCAUUUUGUUUUGAAGAGCUCUUCCCAUGAUCAUGGAUAAUCAUUCUUCGUAACAUAGCAACAAAUGCUGACAUUAACCUUCAAAUUUCUUUAUUGAGGCAGUAAACUUACACUGUAAAGAGAGAAUCUUAUUACAUCAGAUAAAAAUGUAGCCCAGCAACUGUAGGGACAUGAAGGUACGGAAAGAAGUGCUUUAGUACCUUUUCUUAGCCACUUGCUACUCAGGACUUGCGCUACUACAUAACAUAGACUGCAGAGGGGAGGUCUGGAUUUGUUGUUCUUCUUUAUAUCAGUAGUACCUUCUACUAUCAGGAGCUUUCUUGCACCUGUCGUAUGCAAUGUUAGGAGAGGUAAUAAAGAAAAGAAUGCACCCGCGUGACAGACCACAAACAAGGAUUUCAAACAAGCUUUGGCUGGACAGAGUACAAUGCAACACUGCUCAGGUGCUCAAAACCUGCUCAUUGAAAAGUAAAUGCAUUUGUUCAAACUACCAGGUGUGCAAAGGCGUCCGCAAUGACUAAUAAUAAGGAUUUUUUUAUUAUUAUUUUCGUCCAUGCUGCAUGCAAGAGCACUGACUAACUCUGUUGUUAUUUCUUCCUCCUGACUUUGAGAAACUGUGUAACAGUGUUUGUAAGAUUUUUAUCAUUAUUACUUUUAUUUAUUUUUGAAGCGUGAGCAUAACUAAUAUGAAUUGGAAACUUUUUUUUUUACUUAAAUAAAAUACCCAUUGUAUAUA